CCCAAGGAUCCAAAUCCCAACGUUUACAUUCGAGUGUUUGAGGGUAUAAAUGGCACCCGGAUUCGACCGUUGCAUAUUUUUUUCAUAUUCAUCAAUCAAACCUCUCUGAUAUCAUCUGUAAUCGUCUUCAAUCUCUACUUUUCUGCUGUAUUCUUCUUCCUAUUUCUGCUGUUUAUCUGUAUUCUUCUUCGUAUUUACCACACACAACAAUCCAGAAACCCCAAAAUUCACUAACCUUUGAACAGAACCAAUUUAUUUAUCCCAAAAGUUGAGUACAACAGAUAUAUUACAGCUUUUUUUCAUAGAGGCAUUUAGUCGAACACUUGGUGUGCAUUGUAAUGGGUAAACGGAGAGUUUCAGUUUCGGAUAAUCCGUCGAAAGAUCGAGAAGAGUCAUGGAAAAAGAUCUUUAAAGGGCUCGUUGAUAUGAUUGAAGAUCAACAAAGACAACUUGAAUCUCUUGUUAAAGAGCGAAAAUCCCUUGAAAAAAGGUUCCAAUCGCAGCAUGAUCGAUGGGUUUUCGAUGUUAAACUCUUGGAAGAUCAUAUUUCACAGAUGACAAGAGACUCCAAAAUUAAGGACAUGGUUCGGUUUGUGGAGAAUGCGAAGGCGAAUUUGAUCAUCUCUAUGAAGCAAAAGGAAGCUACUAUGAACAAACUUAAAUUUGAAGAAGUAGACGAUGAACGAGCUGAUCUGAAACUUCUCUUUGACGAGGUCUCUCGGUUUUUAACCGAGCCAAAACGUGUAACUCGAAGCAGCGGCAAAGAUGUUGUUGAGUCAUCAUUAAAAGCAGAGAGGGAUUUUGCAUGGAACCAAUAUAUGAAAACCGAUAACAAGCUGCAAGAACUCAUUAAGAGGACCAAAUCUGAAGUUGAAGGUGCGAAUGAAAAGUUGCAGAAACUGAUAUAUGAUUUGGAGCAAUCAGAAUCGUUAAACAUGGAGAAAGACAGAGAGAUUUCAUCGUUAAAAGAUGAUAUGGUUGUGCUAGAACUUGAUUCGAGAAAAAAAAGUGAAGAAAUUUCCCGACUUACUAAAGAGUUGGAGUUGUUAAGAGGCGAUUCUGAUCGCUCUAUUACACCUGUGUUACGUCGUUGUAUGGCGGCGGAUUCAUCAAAAAACAGUCGUUCGAGUGAUAUGGCUAUCGUCAAGAAGGGAGGAAGAAGUUCCAAGAGAAAAUCAACAGAAUCCAAACCAAUGCUUAGAAAACGGCAAGCUACAUAAUUUGAGUGAUUUUUGUUUUUUUUUUUUGGUGUUGAUUUUUCUAGUGUUACUGUGUUAGGAAACGGCAAUUAGCCUUUUGUAUAGAGUGUGUUUUUUAGAACACCGACUCUUUGACUUUUCACGGUCAACUAGUCACCUUAGCAGUUGUCUAAUUUGAGAUUAGAAUCCUAAUCCGUAUGUAGUUAAUUAUCUUAA